AUGGCUUCGACUACAUUGUGGCCCAGUAGAACUUAUGCAGCAAACUCGCAGCGUAGCUGUUGCUAUUCAUCCACCUACACUUACACUUUUACGGCUCGUCUUCACUCAUGUGCAGCACGCACCAGCAACAAACCAUUCGCUUCUGCCUUUGGCGAUCGUCAAGAUGACAAUGUGGGGAGUCGUUCAGCUGCUGUGGCAGCUGUUUCACGUGAUCGACAAGCACAUCCCCCCAUCGCAGCAGGCCCACCCUUAGAUCGUGUAGAUCCUACGGGAGCCCACUCGACUGUCCUUCGUGUCCAUCUGUCAUCACCUCUUCUCAUUAUGUCACCUGCCCACCAAAAUUUUGUGGCUCAAACUUUGCGGCUGUGA